AUUGACAAGUAAAAGGAUUCUCAAAUCUUAAAUUAGAUUGGAAAGUGAAAACUUUUCCGUGGUGAUAACAAUAGGGUUUUGUUUUGAUGGUGGGAAAAUCAACCGAAGCCUAAAAGUUUCUUUAGGGUACAGGAAGUUUCUGGACUUUUACGUUUGAGCUAACCCAACAGCCAACUUCUAGGAGAUAAGAGAAGUUGGGUUUAGACAGAAAGGGAGAAAAGGCUGAGUACUGAGUUGUUGUGAUUUUGCUAGCUUGUCUAUUCUUGGCUUUUGUUAUCUGUAAAGGUGUCUGAGUUGUCAAGUGAAGACCAAAUGUAUGCUUGUUAAUAGAUGUACUGGGAGUAAUGAUAUUUCUUGUGUUCUGUGGUUGAUAAGCCAAUAUGCAGAGUAAUUAUCUUUUUAGACUAGGUGGUGCAGUGAGGCAGGGAAUCCAGAAAUCCAUAUCUGGCCAAGAAAGUAGGCUCCAAGAUUUGGUGGAGAUUUUGGCUGCAGAAGAGAGAUUGUUGUUCGGGAAGUUCUUCUGCUCUGUGCCAUCUGCAGGAUUGUCUGACCUGCAUGUGAUUGUACGGCCUGGAACUUUAGCGGCUGCACAGGCAAAUUUGAAUAUAGUUAAUCAGAGGAAGAAUUUUUCAGUGGUCAGUGCUAUUCCUCGUGCAUUGUCUAUACCAUCUGUCUCAGGGCCUGCAUUUCAGGUCUGUGGCUAUCACAUUGAUCGCCUAUUAUCUGAGCCUACUCAAGUUUCUUUAGAGACUGACUCUCAUAAGGCUCCUAUGGCCAUUUGUGGUUCAAGAACUUCUGUUGGAUGUUCCUCGAGUAAAAUGACUUCAAGGCAUCUCAAACCUUGCUUUUCAGUAAAUAGUCCAACUACUUUGUAUAGCAGUAGAAAUUUCGACAAUUCUCAAAAAGCCAGCAUGAGUUUGAGGAAUAACAAUCAGCCCAACGACUUUGUUGUCUAUGGAUAUUUCACAUACAAUGCUGUAAAGAGCAAGGGCAUUUCAAAUGUUUAUGAAGGAUUUGGAUUCAAGGGUUUUCAUAGUUCUUCAGCUGCAUGUAUCUCUGCUGGCGCUGCUCCUGAUGUGUCCUUUGAUAACUCUCUGCGUGAGGUACACCCUGCAAGUUCAGCAAAUUCUCCUGAACAAAAUAUCCAUAUCGAUCGAAGCCUGAAGCUUAAUUCAGGAUCAUGUUACCUGCCUCAUCCUGAUAAAGAAGAAAAAGGUGGCGAGGAUGCUCAUUUUAUUUGCAUCGAUGAACAAGCAAUUGGCGUAGCUGAUGGUGUUGGUGGAUGGGCUGAUGUUGGUGUUGAUGCUGGGCAAUACGCUCGAGAACUCAUGUCAAACUCAGUAAGUGCAAUUCGUGAGGAACCAAAAGGUUCAGUAGAUCCAGCCAGGGUCCUGGAGAAAGCUUAUUCACACACAAAAGCCAAAGGGUCCUCAACUGCCUGUAUUAUUGCCCUUACAGAUGAGGGUCUCCAUGCCAUUAAUUUAGGAGAUAGCGGAUUCCUGGUGGUUAGAGAUGGAUGUACUGUUUUCAGAUCCCCCGUGCAGCAGCAUGAUUUCAAUUUUACAUUUCAGCUAGAGAGUGGUAGUGCUGGUGACUUACCAAGCUCUGGGGAGGUGUAUAAAAUACCAGUUGCUCCAGGAGAUGUCAUCAUAGCUGGCACCGAUGGGUUGUUUGACAAUUUGUAUAACAGCGAUAUAACUGCAAUCGUGGUGCAUGCCACGAGAGCUGGCUUAGCACCUCAGGUUACAGCUCAGAAGAUAGCCGCAUUGGCUCGACAAAGGGCACNCGAUCCACCUCACCCUCUUUCUAAAUCCAAUCUUCAGGUUGGCUCAUCCAAUUGUGAAUCCACGGAGCGGGUAAACAUGUUGAAUUCCGAGAAUAGGAAGUUGUCUGAGAAGAAUGCAGAGUUGCAAAGGCAGGUGAGGGAGCUAAAUCAAAAGCUUCAGGUGGCUGCGCAGGGAAACGGUCGCGCUCAGGAGCAACUUGUGGUGUCGAGUCAACCUCAGAAAGCUGGGCCUUUUGGAACUGUCAAAAGUUUGAGAACUAACCCUCCUGUUGUGCCCGAUGAGUCGGUGAACCCAAGAUUAGCAAAGAUCUUGGCAGAGAUUGCAGUUAGCAAAGAGGUCAUAGUUGCACUUGCCAAUUCAAAUGUUAGAUCCAUGCUGGAGGUUUGGUUCAACAGUAUUAAAAAGGUGGGUAUUCCCAAUUAUCUGGUUGUGGCGUUGGAUGAUGCUAUAGUGGAUUUCUGCAAGGAAAAUGAUGUCCCCGUUUAUAAAAGAGAUCCUGAUGAUAAUGUCGAUUUUAUUGGAAAAAAUGGAGGCAACCAUGCUGUCUCAGGAUUGAAGUUUCGAAUUUUGAGGGAGUUUUUGCAGCUUGGUUACAGUGUCCUCCUUUCUGACGUCGAUAUUGUGUAUCUGCAAAAUCCUUUUGAUCAUUUAUAUCGGGAUUCAGAUGUCGAAUCAAUGUCUGACGGUCACAAUAAUAUGACAGCUUAUGGUUAUAAUGACGUUUUCGAUGAACCUUCAAUGGGUUGGGCUCGAUAUGCACAUACAAUGAGGAUAUGGGUUUAUAAUUCUGGCUUCUUUUAUAUCCGGCCAACGAUUCCUUCAAUCGAGCUCUUAGAUCGGGUUGCUGAUCGGCUUACCAAGCAGCCAAAUUCCUGGGACCAAGCAGUUUUCAAUGAAGAGCUGGCCUUUCCGUCACAUCCCGGGUAUGUUGGCCUUUAUGCUUCCAGGAGAACAAUGGAUAUCUAUCUGUUCAUGAAUAGCAAAGUCUUAUUCAAGACAGUAAGAAAAGAUGCUAAUCUGAAGAAGUUGAAACCAGUUAUAGUUCAUGUAAACUAUCACCCGGACAAGUUUCCUAGAAUGAAAGCAGUUGUUGAGUACUAUGUCAACGGCAAGCAGGAUGCACUGGAUGCAUUCCCAGAUGGUUCAGUAUAAUAGUAGCAGCUGCUGAAAUUGGACCUUACAUUGAGAGCUAGCCCAGCUAUAUUCUCUGUCGUACUAUUUUGUCUUUACAUACAGGUAGACUCGGUUGAUUCCCCCUUUAGGAUCAAUGUGUAAUACCAACCAACUUUUGCUUCUAUGUUCAAAACUUGUCUCUCUUUCACCAUAGUAGUAGUUCUAUUCAAAGAUUUUGCAGGAUUGUUCUUUCUUA